AUGACUGAUGAUGAACUUGUAGUUGGUGCAGUUUUCAAAAAUUCACCUGCAUACGAAGAAAACAGUAUUCAUUCUAAUGGUACUCCUAUCAACAAGUCUAUUAAAGAAAAGAGUGUUUCUGUUGAGGGUGACAAUAUUAAUGUUGUUGAUCUUGAUGCGGUGACACCGAAAACUACUUCACUGAAACGCCCUAUUGAGAUUGUUACCAUCACUGAAUCGUUUGAAUGGUCUAUCUCAAAAGAUGGUGUUGCUCCUCAUACCCUUAAGAUUCCAAAAAUGGAAUAA